AUGUCUUCCCCCGAGCCCCGAGAUUGCAUUCCAGGAGGUGACGGCCCUCAACAAGAGAGUCAGCAACUUGGCUCUGACAUCAUAGGGGAACGGACAGAGUAUCCUAAGGCAGACGGCUCGACACCGAAGACAAGUCCGUUUUCCAGCAACUAUGAAAAUACACCCCUUGGAUUGUCGCCUAACACGAUGAUGGAAGCAGAACGGAGAGAAACUAAUGAUAACGAUACUGAAACUAUUGGCAUGGCGGGGACCUCAGCUACGGCUGGUUCGUUUGGGCCUAAUCACGACCUCAUUAAUAUGAAUACAUCUGCCCAAAACAUAGAAAGGCUGGCAGUUUCUUGUCGAGAAUCUGGCAGCACACAGUCAUUAGCCCUUAAGAUCGACGUCGCUUCCACUUCGCCAUCAUCUCCUCAGGCAGAGAGGCCCUAUCUAGACCCUACCCCGAAGACGCCACAAGUACCUCAAUCACCUCUAGGAAUGCCCACCGAUUAUACAGACAAGGAUCUUCCGCAAAUCCCCGCAGAUAUUGCCUGUGACGAAGACGUUGACAAGCCAGCGAAAAUCGAGGCACAGAAUGACGAAGAUUCACAGUCAGAAAUACAAAGCAUCAUGGAUCAGUUUACGGACGAUACGAAACACCCGGGACCGGGGGAACUUAUGUCUCCUCGACUUGAAUUGGCCGAGCAGUUCCUCCCUGGACAAGCGCAUUUUCCACCACGCAAGUCAAGCUUGGAACCCAUCGUUUCGCCGCGCAGUCCUAUUGAAACUCAUGUUUCCAAUCAAUGGCAAUCGCGCCCAUCGUCCAUUCGUAGCAUUGGCUCACAAAUAAUCUCACCACCUGCUGUGCCUCCUAAGUCCCCUUCGACUAACUCGCAAAAUCCUGCUGGGACGGAGUUGGCUGCCUCCUCAAAUUCUGCAUCACGUCCGCCGCCCCCUGAACCAGAACCAGACCAGCCCUUUGAUUUCCAUCGUUUCCUCGAACAACUUCGUCAUCGAACUGCAGACCCAGUAGCCAAGUUCCUUCGAUCUUUUCUCACCGAGUUUGGAAAGAAACAAUGGAUGGUUCAUGAACAAGUGAAAAUAAUCAGUGAUUUUCUCGCAUUCAUUACGAACAAAAUGGCUCAGUGCGAAGUUUGGAGGGACAUUUCUGACGUUGAAUUUGACAACGCCAAAGAAGGCAUAGAAAAGCUUGUAAUGAACAGACUGUAUUCACAAACGUUUUCGCCUGCUAUACCACCGCCGCCAGCGCCCUCGCGGAGUAGAAGCAGAGGCCAGAAGAAGGAUACGGGAAGGUACCUAGGGCCCGGACGAAGGGGCCAACAUCAAGAAGAUGUCGAACGCGAUGAGGUCUUAGCCCAGAAAGUCCGCAUUUAUAGUUGGGUACGAGAAGAGCACCUUGAUAUUCCUCCGGUCGGCCCUAAUGGACGGCGCUUCUUGGCCCUCGCGCAACAAGAGCUUUUGAAGAUCAAGGGUUAUCGUGCUCCCAGAGACAAGGUCAUUUGUGUUUUGAACUGCUGCAAAGUGAUAUUCGGUUUACUGAGGAACGCGCCAAAUGGCGAUACAUCUGCAGAUUCGUUUGUCCCACUCCUAAUUUAUGUCGUCUUGAAGGCAAACCCAGAACAUCUAGUUUCAAAUAUACAAUAUAUUCUCCGUUUCCGGAACCAGGAAAAACUGGCUGGCGAGGCUGGUUACUAUUUGUCUUCAUUGUCUGGUGCUAUCCAGUUCAUCGAAACACUUGAUCGAACUAGUCUUACUAUUAGCGAUGAAGAGUUUGAACGAAACGUUGAGGCAGCUGUAUCCGCAAUAGCAGAGCGGAGCGAAGAGGCUGCAGGCCCACCCCUCCUGCAGCCAGAAAAAUCAACCCUAAGUGAACCCGAAGUAACACCACGGAAUUCUACAGAAGGGGAGUCAUACGCGAAACGAAAAGAUUCCUAUCAGUUUGGUAGCAGUGAAGACAAUGUAGCGGUGGCAGGACUAUUGCGUACAAUCCAAAAACCUCUUUCAACUAUUGGCCGAAUAUUCUCUGAGGAAUCCCCACAUCCAGUCACUCAACAACGAACGGCCCCACAAAACCUUUUGAACACGCAACAAACAGAUGAAGCGCGCCGUUCGACGGAGAGACAGCGUAGAAGAGAAGACAUCACCCCACAGCAAAUUAGCAAGCUCGAUGCCCAAGAAGCUGCAGCUCGCCAGGCAAGCGCGGAGGCAGCGGAGGCGCGCCGGAUACAGCGGGCGGAGCAUGUCAAUGUCGUCGAAGUUGGCCUCGCUGUAGAUGCUUGUCUCGCCCUAAGCGCGGAAUAG